GUCAAUGUCUUCGCGCUUUUUGAGGUAGGUUUUUUUAUUUCCUAAUAUCUGACCAUGUUUGCGGUUUCUGAUUGUGUAGAAUGAAUGAUAAUAUAACUUUAGUAUUGCACCAUGGAGGAAGAUUCACUCCACGUGCCAGUGAUGGAAAGGUUGAAUAUAUAGGCGGAGAAUUUGACGUUUGGGAGGAUAUAUCUGCAGAUUGCCUGAAUGCAUUUAUCUUAUAUGAUCUGGUGAAAGCUUGUAAGAAGUAUAGUAAUAUAGGAGAAUGUUUUUGGUUGAUUGAUAAAGACUUAGAUUUUAAUCAUGGGUUAAGGAGUUGUACAACUGAUGGAGAUAUAUUACACUUAGUUAGGGAUGCUUUUGAAAAUGAGAAUGAGAUAAAUGUUUAUUUUCAUCAUGAAGUAGAUCCAAUUUUAGAAGAAGUCCCACAGAUGUUGUACUUGGAAUGUGAUCCAAUUCGAAAAGCUGUUGAGAAUGAGGAUGAUUUAGAUGAUGUACCUGUUGCUGGCCAUGAGGAAGAUGUUGGUGCUGGAGAGCAGAGAGAUGCUGGUGAGCAGAUGGAUGCUGGUAAGCAGAGGGAUGGUGGUGAGCAGAGGGAUAUUGAUGCUGGUGAGCAAAGAGAUGGUAGUGAGCAGAGGAAUACUGAUGCUGGUGAGCAAAGAGAUGGUAGUGAGCAGAGGGAUGCUGAAGCUGGUGAGGAGAGAGAUGCUGAUGGUGAAGAGAGAGAUGUUGCUGAUAGUGAGGAGGAAAAGGAAGUUGACAGUGAUGAGACAGAUGCUGAGUGGUUUAUAAAUUUCUCUUGUAUGUUGAAUGAAGUUGAAGCUGAAGUUGAGACAGAUGGUUAUCAUUCAGAGGAGCUUAAUAUCCCCAUUAGUAGUGAUGAUGAAGAUGAGGAUGUUGAAGUUUAUCCUCAAUAUAGUCAAAGUAGUGGAGUUGGUGAACAGAAGUUGGAAUUAGGGAUGAAGUUUGGUACUCUAGAUGAAUUUAAAUCUGCCUUGAGGGAGUAUAGCAUAUUGAUGGGCAGGGAGUUCAAGUGGAAGAAGAAUGAUAAAUAG